GUGUGUUUGGUGAUUUAUUUGGUUUCCCUGGGGAAAAAAAAAACCCGUUUGUUGUUGAGGUUUGAAAAUGCCAGAAGAGCGGAGGAGAGGGAUACUUUUUAGUAAACUGUAUUCAUUUGCUUGUUUUCUAUCUAAGUUCGAAGACAAGCAUGCCCAAAUUGGGCGGAGAGGGUACUCGAGGGUUGUGUACUGUAAUGAUCCGGGCAAUCCAGGGGCAGUUCAGUUGAAAUACAGAGGAAAUUUUGUUUCGACUACCAAGUAUACGGCGGUUAAUUUUAUUCCAAAGUCUCUAUUUGAGCAGUUUAGGAGGGUUGCAAAUAUAUACUUUCUAGUUGUGGCCUGCGUUUCAUUUUCUCCGUUGGCACCUUAUUCAGCUCCUAGUGUUCUUGUACCAUUGUUAGUGGUGAUUGGAGUUACUAUGGCCAAGGAGGGUGUGGAAGAUUGGAGACGAAAAAAGCAGGAUAUUGAGGCAAACAAUCAAAAAGUCAGAGUGUAUAGAGAUUAUACAUUCCAUGAAACCAAAUGGAAGAAACUUCGAGUUGGUGAUCUCGUAAAGGUGUGUAAAGAUGAAUACUUUCCUGCUGAUAUUAUUCUGCUCUCGUCAAGCUAUGAGGAUGGUAUUUGUUAUGUUGAGACCAUGAACCUUGACGGAGAGACUAAUUUAAAAUUGAAGCAUGCCUUGGAGGUGACAUCCCAUCUUCAUGAUGAAAAUUCCUUCAGACAAUUUAGGGCCGUGAUCAAGUGUGAGGACCCUAAUGAAAAUCUAUUUUCAUUUGUUGGAGCUUUGUCCUAUGAUGGCAAAGAAUACCCCCUUUCCAUAAAACAGUUGCUUUUAAGAGAUUCUAAGCUUAAAAACACUGAAUAUAUCUAUGGAGUGGUUGUUUUUACGGGACAUGAUACAAAAGUGAUGCAGAAUGCUACAGAUCCUCCUUCCAAGAGAAGUAAAAUUGAGAAGAAAAUGGACAAGAUAAUCUACAUACUUUUCAGCACCCUGAUAGUGAUAGCUUCUGUUGGAUCAGUGUUUUUUGGAAUUGAAACCAAAAAAGAUAUUAGUGGUGGAAAGUACAGAAGGUGGUAUCUUCGUCCAGAUGAUUCAACUGUGUUUUAUGACCCCAAAAGACCAUUCCUUGCCGCGUUUCUUCAUUUCUUCACAGCCCUAAUGUUAUAUGGAUACCUGAUACCAAUAUCUUUGUAUGUAUCCAUUGAGAUCGUAAAGGUUUUACAGAGUAUUUUCAUUAACCAAGAUCAGGAUAUGUAUGAUGAAGAAACAAAUAGGCCAGCACGUGCACGCACAUCAAAUUUGAAUGAGGAACUUGGUCAGGUAUAUACAAUACUGUCUGACAAGACAGGCACUUUGACAUGUAAUUCCAUGGAGUUUGUGAAAUGUUCAAUAGCCGGCACUGAUUAUGGCCAUGGUACGACAGAAGUGGAGAGGGCACUGAUGAGGAGGAGGGGUGCACUGUCUGAACCAGGAGAUGCAGUAAAUGAUGUACAAAGGCAUCAUGGUGAUGCCAUGGACUCCAGAAGGUCGAUUAGGGGAUUCAACUUCAGAGAUGAACGUAUUAUGAAUGGGCAAUGGGUUAAUGACCCUCAUCCUGAUAUCAUUCAGAAAUUCUUUCGGGUCUUAGCAAUCUGUCAUACAGCUAUUCCUGUGGUCAAUAAAGAGUCAGGAGAAAUUCUCUUUGAAGCUGAGUCACCGGAUGAAGCAGCUUUUAUAAUAGCUGCUAGGGAGGUUGGCUUUGAGUUUAAUGGAAGGACACAAGCAAGCAUAUCAUUGCAUGAGUUAGAUUAUGAAACUGGCAAAAAGGUUGACAGAGUAUAUGAGCUUCUCCAAGUAUUAGAAUUUAGCAGUGCCCGCAAAAGAAUGUCUGUAGUUGUAAGGAAUGUGGAAAAUCAGUUAUUGCUCCUUUGCAAGGGAGCAGACAGUGUAAUGUUUGAAAGGCUUUCACAAGACGGGCGGCUAUUUGAGUCUCAGACCAGGGACCACAUAAAAAAAUAUGCUGAAGCUGGUCUAAGGACCCUGGUAAUUGCAUACCGUGAGCUUGGUGAAGAAGAAUAUAAAUCAUGGGAAGAGAAGUUUCGAAUGGCCAAAACAUCUGUUACUGCAGACCAUGAUGCAUUGGUAGAUGAAGCUGCUGAUAAGAUUGAAAGGAAUUUGAUUCUUCUUGGUGCAACAGCCGUCGAAGAUAAACUACAAAAGGGCGUACCUGAAUGUAUCAAGAAGCUUUCCCAAGCUGGAAUUAAGAUUUGGGUAUUAACUGGCGAUAAAAUGGAAACAGCAGUUAACAUUGGGUAUGCUUGUAGUUUGCUUAGACAAGAUAUGAAACAAAUCACAAUCACUCUUGAUUCGCCAGAUAUUGAUGCCUUGGAAAAACAAGGGGAUAAAGAGGCCAUUGCAAAGGCUUCGCUUGAAAGCAUAAUGAAGCAAAUUAGAGAAGGGAUAUCUCAGAUAAACUCAGCAAAGCAAAGUUCUAAUUCAGCUAAAGAAAGUACUCUUUUGUUUGGCCUGAUAAUAGAUGGCAAGUCCUUGGAUUUUUCUCUAAAAAAGAAUGUGGUGAAGUCAUUUUUUGAACUUGCAAUGAAUUGUUCUUCCGUUAUAUGCUGCCGCUCUUCACCCAAGCAGAAAGCUCGUGUGACCAGAUUUGUAAAAGAGGGAACAAGUAAGACAACACUGUCUAUAGGUGAUGGGGCAAAUGAUGUUGGCAUGCUUCAAGAGGCUGAUAUUGGAGUUGGCAUCAGUGGAGUUGAAGGGAUGCAGGCUGUGAUGGCUAGUGAUUACUCAGUAGCUCAAUUCCGUUUUCUAGAACGUUUGUUGCUGGUACAUGGCCAUUGGUGUUACAGGCGAAUAGCAAUGAUGAUAUGCUACUUCUUUUACAAGAACAUAACAUUUGGGUUUACUCUAUUUUGGUUCGAGGCCCAGGCUUCUUUCUCUGGUCAGCCUGCAUACAAUGAUUGGUACAUGUCAUUUUACAAUGUCUUCUUCACCUCACUUCCUGUAAUUGCGCUUGGUGUUUUUGACCAGGAUGUUUCUGCACGACUUUGCCUCGAGUACCCCAUCUUAUAUUCGGAGGGAGUAGAAAACAUCCUCUUCAGUUGGCCCCGCAUCCUUGGUUGGAUGUUUAAUGGAUUUAUAAGCUCCAUAAUUAUCUUCUUCUCUACAACCAAGUUAAUGACUAACCAGGCCUUCCGAAGAGAUGGGCAAGUAGUGGACUAUGAAAUCCUUGGUGUCACAAUGUAUACUUGUGUGGUGUGGGCUGUAAAUUGCCAAAUGGCAAUCUCCAUCAACUACUUCACUUGGAUCCAGCACCUCUUCAUCUGGGGCAGCAUCGCCUUCUGGUACAUAUUCUUAAUCAUUUAUGGUUCUCUCCCACCAACCAUAUCAACAACAGCAUAUCAGGUCUUUGUGGAAGCCUGUGCCCCAAGUGUUCUCUAUUGGUUGGUCACCCCAGUGGUAGUUAUUUGCACUCUGCUACCUUAUUUUUGCUAUAGGGCUUUCCAAACACGAUUUAAACCAAUGCUCCAUGACAUAAUACAAAUAAAACGGUUGGAAGACUCCGGGAACACUCCCACAUUACCCAGGCAACUCAAGGACAGACUACUACAUCUCAGGGAGAGAUUGAUGCAUAGGGAAUUAUGAAAUACAAAAACAUCUCUUAGCUUAUGUGAACUGGGUGUCUAUAUAUGUCGAGGUUGGUAUUUGAAUCAUCAUUUGGGGAAUGAUCAUGUGGGCAUAGGCAAGACCUGUGUAACUUACCUCCUACAUGUAGAUUAGUAAGACAUUGAUUUAUUCAUUUCCCAGGAAUGCCAGAUCUUUUAUGUUUCUGUUUUUUUCGCAGCAUACCAAAUGUGUAAAUAUUUUUUUAUCUGAGCAACUCUUCGGUUCUGAGUUGUAUUGAAGGCAUUCCAUUCUUUUUAAGAUCA